AUGUUAGCCAGCAAGCCAGAAUUAGGUACGAUGUUAAUGACGAGUGCUGAGAUUGAUAUGAGCAGCCCAAAAGUCCUAGACAGACAUCCCAAUAGGCGUCGAAGAAGUCCCAUCAUGGUGGAAUUCGCUGAUCCUGAAACUACAAUGGUAGACAUUCAACGAGCUAUGGAAGCAGGAAUGAACAUUGCUAAAUUUAAAAUGGCAUUUAGUACCAAAGAAGAAAAAAUCGCAAUAUUAGACAGAGUAUACAAGGCUGCAGCACGCUGUGCUGAGAAAAUGGGAGUGGACGAGUGGCCAGUAGCCACGUGUGCGACACUAAAGACAUUGAUGGUGAAGACUGGAGUUUUUGCUGAUGAGAGUAACAACAAAGUGGAGACGGGUAGUGAAGUAAUAUUAAGCAACGAUCGUAAAUUGAUACAACACUGUCAAUCUGAUAGAAUUUUCAUAGACUAUGCGCAUAUGAAAGAUAUAAAGGUUGGGAUGGAGAUAAGCUUAGAUCAAGCAGAAGUUGUGUUGAUUUGCGUUACAGAAAUAGACGACACUUCAAUCAAAUGCAAAGUCACAAAAGGCGGAACACUCAAAGAUUUGCGACCCGUUGACGUGCUAGUCGUAUACUACGCCCGAGAUGGGCCGAUGAUAAAGAAAAUAAAAAAAUACAUGUCGCAAGCUACGUACAAACCUAUUAUCCUCAGCGCAAUAUGCAAUCAACAAGGACUCGAUCAUAUUGAUGAUAUACUUAAGAUUGGUAAACCACUAUUUUUGGCUGGUGCAGUCUUCAAACAUGCGCUGGAAGUAGGACGUUUCAAUGAUCAUGAGCUGGCAGAUGUGUCUAAUGCUCUAUUAGAUGGACCAAAACUGCCAGUAAAUGCUGCAGAGGCAGCAGCGAUAUCCUGCGUGGCUGUAGCCAAUCAGACGAAGGCUCGUAUCAUAAUAAUCCCUACCGUGUCUGGGCGCACGCCUCGUGUCCUGCUUUGGCUUCAACCAACAUGUAUUGUAAUAACAGUCAGCACAAUGCAAAAUGUCACCAGACGUCUUUUCACCUGCCGGAACAUAGUGCCGCUUGUGUAUAAAAGUAACGUAAAGCUGCAAAGUGGCAAGAAAUUAGACAAGGUUAUGGAACGCCGUGUUCGUUAUGCUGCUGAAUUUGCUGUGAUGAAAGGUUGGCUCGUAUACGGAGACAUCUAUAUAUCUUUGCAAAGAUCUAGUGAAGGGAAUCCUUUUUGUGAUAUGGUCAGAAUAUGGUCUGUUGAUUUCCUCAAGAAGCUGCUGAUUGAAUGUGAUUACGCUGAGGAUCAAUUUCUUCCGCCGAAAAAGCCAAGUGAAGUCAUCGAAACCGAAUGCCAGCUCCUUAAAGAUGAACAGGAGAAGCAAGAUAGUAAGGUACAGGAGGAUUCUCAAAAAGCUCCAGAGGAGGUUUCUGAAAAAGCAACACAAGUCAAAGAAGUUACAACGGAGGUUGAAGUGAAGGUAGUAAAACCAAAGCCAAGCCAGAUUAAAGAAGAGGAAACGACGCCCACUGAAACAAAAAAAGAGGAAAUAACACCAACUGAUAUAAAACAAGAAGAAGAUACACCAAGUGAAAAGAAACAAGGCGAAAUACCGCCAACUGAAAUUAAAGAAGAAGAACUUUUGCCAACCGAGGCUAAACAAGAUGAAACCACGCCAGCUGAGUUAGAGGCAAGUGAAACAUAA